AUGGCUGAGAAAAACAACAACGGAUUGAGCUACGCAGAUAGAAAAAGUAUUUUAUUCUCAAUGAAUCAUCCGGAAAGCACAUCCCCUCAAAGUGAUUCCCAAUUAUCAACAGAGGUUGAACCUUACGUAGGCAGUGAUGUGGAUAUUGAGAAUGGCGUUACCAGGAAACACCUCAACAGAGACUCAAUGAAAAUAGAUACCGAUUCCAAAUUAUCUAGGGAGUUAUCAAGGAUACUUACGGGAACAAUUGAAACAAAAGAGCGUGAUGCAAAUUUAAUGCUACCAAGCUUGGGUAUGGACAAAAAGUUUCCUCCUGAUUUGCCACCAAUCGAAGAUUACACAGUCUCAUUUGAUGGGCCUGAUGAUCUAAUGCACCCACAUAAUUGGCCUUUUGCAAAAAAAUUAAUUCAAAGCGUGCUAAUUGGUGCCAAUACAUUGGCAAUUACUUUUGGAAGUGCCAUUUUUGCACAAGCAAUAACACCGCUAUCUGAAAUCUAUCACGUUCACUAUGUUGUGACAACAUUGUCUGUGACAUUAUAUGUCCUAGGAUUUGCUACAGGGCCGGUGGUUUGGGCACCUCUAAGUGAAAUAUAUGGUAGACGACCAGUUGUUGUUGUAUCGUCCCUAUUAUUUUGUAUUUUUAAUUUUGCAGUUGCUGUUUCGGACAGACUAGAGUCCAUUUUAAUAUGCAGGUUCUUUGCCGGUUGCUUAGGAGCUGCCCCCUUAGUUGUUGCACCCGCCGCUUUUGCAGAUAUGUUUGACAAUGAAAGUAGAGGUACCGCAGUUGUGAUUUUUUGUAUGUGUGUUUUUGUUGCACCGUUGUUGGCACCUUUUAUAGGAGGAUUCAUUGUUGCAAAUCAUAGUUUAGGAUGGAGAUGGACCGAAUUUCUCACAGGUAUAUUAGCGGCGGCAUCUUUUGCUUCGAUCUUAUUAUUUAAUGUCGAAACACACCAUCCAAUCCUACUGGUCGAGAAGGCAAGACAUAUUCGGCAAACCACGAGUAACUGGGGGAUUCAUGCUCCACAUGACGAAUUCCAACUUUCCAUUGAAGACAUUGUUGAAAAUAAUUUGACAAGACCUAUCCGGAUGUUGUUUACUGAGCCGAUCUUGCUCUUUGUUACUAUAUAUAAUGCAUUCAUUUAUGGAAUGUUGUACCUCUUUUUGAGUGCGUAUCCAAUUGUUUUCGGUAAAGGUUACGGGAUGCCCCUGGGGGUAGCUGAAUUGCCAUAUUUUGGAUUGAUCAUUGGUGAGUUACUAGGGGGGGUUUUCUGCAUCUACAGCGAAGGGGAUUACAUCAACAAAAUGAAGGCAGCCGACGGUCGUGUCAUCCCGGAGAAUAGGUUACCGCCUAUGUUGGUUGGUGGAGUUGUUUUCCCCAUUGGCUUGUUGUGGUUCUGUUGGACGGGGAACUACCACGAACACGUGCAUUGGAUCGUGCCUACAGUCUCUGGACUCUUCACUGGAUUUGGCCUAAUCACAAUCUUCAACACUUCCAUGAACUACAUAAUAGACGCCUAUUUGCUCUUUUCAGCUAGCGCAAUGGCAGCAAAUACGUUCCUAAGGUCACUAUUUGGGGCCGUGUUCCCUCUAUUUGCGACUUUUAUGUUCACCAACAUGGGCACCAACUGGGCAGGGUUACUUCUCGGGCUCUUUGCGGUGCUCUUGAUCCUAUGCCCCAUUGCCUUUAUAAAAUGGGGGGAAAAUUUGAGGCAAAAGUCCAAAUAUACCUUUGAUCUCGCCCAAUAG